CGUCUCUCUCAGUUCUCACUCUCUCUGUGAUCUUCAAGCUCUCACUCAGACUCGUUCUCUAAACUUCUCAACCGCCGCACUAUUUACUCUUUCUCUCUUCUCUCUCUGUUUUCGUUCUUGGUUUCUUUGUAUUCACUUUAUUUUUUCUGCUUUUUCUUUUCUAGGGUCUUCGUUCUUUCAUCAUCGUCAUCAUCGUCAUCAUCAUCUCCUUCUUUUCUUUCCGGCCAUGGAUGCCGGAACCUGGAGUUCUUCUAUGAAGACAAAAUCUCGAUGCCCUCUCCAAGAUCGCCGUUUCAUCCACAGGAAAGCUUCUCAAGAAAACUUGGACAGGUUCAUCCCAAACAGGUCAGCCAUGGAUUUCAGUUAUGCGCACUACAUGCUAACGGAGGGAAAGAAAGAGAAAGAAAACCCGGUGGCAAGCUCGCCGGCACGACAAGCUUACCAGAAGCAACUGGCGGAGGCUUUCAACAUGAACCGCACAAGAAUCUUGGAAUUCAAGAACAAGCCCCCUGCCCCUGUUGAACGAAUCCCUAAGAAUUUCCUCUCCCCACCACCUCCUCAAUCAAAAUCCUCCAAGCCCAAGCGUUACAUCCCUCAGAGUUCUGAGAGGACAUUGGAUGCUCCUGAUAUACUUGAUGAUUUCUACUUGAAUCUGUUGGACUGGGGUAGCAGCAAUGUCCUCAGCAUUGCUCUAGGAAGCACAGUUUAUCUUUGGAAUGCCUCCGAUAGUUCCACUUUGGAACUCGUGACAGUUGAUGAUGAUGAGGGUCCUGUAACGAGUGUUAGCUGGGCUCCUGAUGGAAGACAUUUAGCCAUUGGUUUGAACAAUUCCCAUGUACAGCUUUGGGAUUCUACUGCUUGUAGGCUGUUGAGAACACUGAGGGGUGUACACCAAUCAAGAGUGGGUUCACUAGCUUGGAACAAUCAUAUCCUCACAACAGGAGGCAUGGAUGGUAAAAUCGUGAACAAUGAUGUUAGGGUGAGGUCUCAUAUUGUUGACACCUACAGGGGGCAUCAUCAGGAGUUGUGUGGUCUCAAGUGGUCUCCCUCGGGACAACAAUUGGCAAGUGGGGGCAACGAUAAUCUGGUUCAUGUAUGGGACAGGUCCAUGGCGUCAUCCAAUUCACCGACGCGAUGGCUUCACAGGCUUGACGAGCACAGGGCUGCGGUGAAGGCACUGGCUUGGUGUCCAUUCCAGGCAAACCUGCUAGCCUCUGGUGGAGGUGGGGCUGAUCAAUGUAUUAAGUUCUGGAACACACACACCGGUGCUUGCUUGAAUACUGUUAACGCAGGCUCUCAGGUGUGUGCUCUGUUGUGGAGUAAGAACGAGCGUGAGUUGCUUAGCUCGCACGGUUUCUCACAGAACCAGCUCAUCAUUUGGAAAUACCCUUCUAUGGUGAAGAUGGCUGAACUCACUGGACAUACGUCAAGGGUGCUUUACAUGACUCAGAGUCCUGAUGGGUGUACUGUGGCCUCUGCAGCAGGGGACGAGACUCUGCGGUUUUGGAAUGUCUUUGGAACUCCAGAAGCAUCUAAGCCAGCACCAAAAGCAACAAACACACCUCCCUUCGCUCAGUUCUAUUUUAUCCGAUGAUAUUGUUGUGUAGGGGAUUCUGUAAGUCCCAGGGACGGAUCCAAUUUUUUGGAAACCAAAUUAGUAGUAGUAAUAGUACCGUAUGUAUAGAAAUAAUAAAUGAUCGAAAA